CGCCACCAUACUCGAGUGCUAGGAUGACGUUAACCCUCGCCUCGUGAUGUGUAACUGUAUUGUCGAGAACAUUAAGCGAGCCAACGGUGGCGAUGAACACAGAAUACAUCAUGCUGAACAAAUGUUUGAGAGAUGCAAGAAGCACAUUGCUCUUGAUUGACCACAUCAGCUGAUAGAUAUAAUCUGCCAUCAAAGAUUCACACAGAAUGGCACCUCUGACUUCAAGUUCUUCAAACCCGUACAAACUGAGAAAGCAUGGCCGUCCUCGUACAGACGACUUCCGUGUCUUCUUUGAGAAGGAUGGCAAUCCCGUCUCCCCGUUCCAUGACAUUCCCUUGUACGCGGACAAAGAAAACCAAAUUUUCAACAUGGUGGUUGAGAUCCCCAGGUGGACAAACGAGAAAUACGAGGUAUCAAGAAACCGCACCCUCAACCCCAUCCAUCAAGACCAGAAGAAUGGCAAGCCACGAUUUGUGCGGAACAGGUUUCCACAUCAUGGCUACAUCUGGAACUAUGGCGCUCUUCCUCAGACAUGGGAAGACCCAAAUCACGUAAACCCCGACACAAAGGCCAAAGGCGACAAUGACCCGAUCGAUGCGUGCGACAUUGCUCAACCCGUCUCCUAUACUGGCGAGGUCAAGCAGGUCAAGAUAUUAGGCAUCCUGGCCCUUAUCGAUUCCGGCCAGACGGACUGGAAGCUGAUUGUCAUUGACGUAAGAGAUGCUACGGCGAACGAUAUGCACGAUAUCGACGACGUAGAACGCCUCAUGCCGGGCUUCCUCACAGCCACGCGAGAAUGGUUCCGGCUGUACAAGGUGCCAGAUGGAGAGCCACCGAAUGAUUUUGCUUUCGACGGCAAAUACCGGACCAGGCAAGUCGCCCUAGACAUCAUCGAUGAAUGUGCCAAUGCAUGGGACAACUUGAUCACGGGCAAGACGAAGCCUGGCAAGAUCAGCCGCACGAAUGUGACGGUGGAGAAGUCCCCUUUUAAAGUCGACCCGGACGAGCUGAAGAUACCGAAGAGCGAAAACUUGAAACCAGCACCAAAGCCAAAGGUCGUUGACGAGUGGUUCUUUGUGCCGGCCAAUGACGUUCCCGACGAAGACAAUAAGCCCGCGGAAAGCUCUGAGGCCUGGCUGGUGAGGCCAAAACCUGAAGCUCGCCCUCGUGCGGAUAUGUGGCAGGUCCCACACUCUGUCAAGACGUUGUGA